AUGCAACAAGGUCGUCUAAGACUGCGACCCUGGCUUGAGAAGCAGAUACAGUCAGGGAAAUACCCAGGUGUCACCUGGCUUGAGAAGCAGAUACAGUCAGGAAAUACCCAGACAACUCAAGUUUUCCAGAUUCCUUGGAAGCAUGCGGCUUGACAUGGUUGGAAUAUAGACAAGGACGCCACUUUGUUCCGAAACUGGGCAAUGCACACAGGCAGAUACAAACCUGGGAUAGACAAGCCUGAUCCUAAGACCUGGAAAGCCAACUUCCGAUGUGCCCUGAACACUCUACCCGAUGUGAAAGAGCUUCAGGGCAAGAGCAUCAAGAAGGGCAGUAAUGCCUCCAGGGUUUACAUGAUGCUGCCUGUUGUUAAGCGUAUCGAACGAAGAAAAGGACCACAAGUCAGUUGAUAUAAAACAUAGUCCGAUCUCCCUCUCAGAAAAUGAAGCACGUUCUUGUGCUCCACUGGAUGGGUUUGCAGAGGUUUUCCUGAAGUAUAGAGGUGGACAGACCAGUCACAACCCUGCUAUGUUUCACAUCGACCAACUACCCUCCCAACAACAACGAGGAAAGAUCACCAGAACAGCCCUACUCUCACCAGUCUUCCUUCACACCUGAAGCACAUAGUAAGAGCUGCAUAUGCAGGUUGGCAUUUAUUGACAUGAUUCAUGUACUGCACGGUGGGAACUAGCUGGCACAGCCAGUUAUAUGAUCUGAUUUCAAACCUAACCCUAAUCUUAAAUUAAGACCUAAAAGCUAUUUUUUGUCUAUGAAUUUUUACAAUACAGUCAAUUUUGACUUUGCAGUUGGCCCAUCUAGCAGAAAUCGCUCAGUUCUGCCUACAGGGCAAGACUUAUGACAAUAAACGCCAACUUGGAAUGUACAGUGCCUUCAGAAAAUAUUCAAUCCCUAGACUUUUUCCACAUUUUGUUGUUACAGCCUGAAUUUGAAAUGGAUUAUAUUGAGAUGUUAUGUCACUGGCCUGCACACAACACCCCAUAAUGUUUUACACAUUUUUACAAAUUAAUAAAAAACAAAAAGCUGUCUUGAAUCAAUAUAUUCAACCCCUGUUAUGGCAGGCAUAAAUGUGUAAAAAUGUACACAGACUCUGUGUGCAAUAAGUGUUUAACUUUUUUUUUUUUUUUAAAUGACUCAUCUCUGUACCCCACACAUACAAUGAACUGUAAGGACGCCCAAUCAAGCAGUGCAUUUCAAAGACCAGGGAGGUAUUCCAAUGCAUCGCAAUGAUAGGCACCUAUUGGUAGAUGGAUAAAAAAGAAAAGCAGAGAUUUAACAUCCCUUUGGAGCAUGGUGCAUAUUGCACUUUGGAUACAGGUGUCCUUCCUAACCCAGUUGUUAGAGGAAGGAAACCGCUCAAGGAUUUCAACAGCAGGGCAAUGGUGACUUUAAAAAGGUUAGAGAAAUUAACUAUGCCCUGAAUACAAAGUGUGGUUUGGGGGGAUAUCCAACACAUCACUGAGUACCGCUCUUCAUAUUUUCAAGCGUGGUGGCUGCAUCAUGUUAUGGGUAUGCUUGUCAUCGGGAAGGACAAGGGAGUUUUUUUUUAGGAUAAAAAGAAACAGAAUAGAGCAAAGUAGAGGCAAAAUCCUAGAGGAAACCCUGGUUCGUCUGCUUCCAACAGACACUGGGAGACAAAUGAAACUUUCAGCAGGUCAACCUAGAACACAAGGCCAAAUAUACACUGAAGUUGCUUACCAAAACAACAUUGAAUGUUCCAGAGUGGCCUAGUUACAGUUUUGACUUAAAAUCAUCUUGAAAAUGGCUGUCUAACAAUGAUCAACAAUAAACACGACAGAGCUUGAAUAAUUUAAGAAAAGAAUGUGCAAAUAUUGUACAAUCCAGGUAUGCAAAGCUGUUACACUUACCCAGAAAGAAUCACAGCUGUAAUCACUGCCAAAGGGGAUUCUAACAUGUAUUAACUCAUGGGUGUGAAUACUUAUCUAAUUUAACAUAUUUUUGUAUUCCAGUUUCAAUACAUUUACAAAAACGUUGUCAUUAUGGGGUAUUAU